AUGAUGGAACGACAGAUCAACAACUACCUCGAUCUAUCACCCAGACAGCCCGGCUCAAGCUCACCAAUCACCUUCGAGCAAGCACCAACACCUGGACUAAGCUCGCUCACUCAGGAAGAAGGGGAUGUAGAUCAGAAUGAAGAGCCUGUUCCACCGGAAUCCAACCACCACUCACCAUCACGUCAGUCGACCCAUCCGCCGGCCGAGCCAACAUCUUCCAGCAGUGAACCGAAGCAGCAGCAACAGGCACCCCUUUGUUCAGAUCCACCACCAGAACAUUCUGCGCCAAACCCAUCCAAAUCAGACUCCACAAAAACAACGUCUCACACUGCUGCCAGCUCGACUACUCUCAAAAAACUGAACAACGCCCAGAAUGCACCCCAAACUUCGACGAAAAAGCCUGUGAAACCAAGCUUCAAGAAAGUCAACAAUAAAGGCACGACAACGACUGGCUUCCCAGCCCCCUCGAACCCCUCUGCUACAUCCACUCCGAAGCCAGCCGCUGCGAAUCCAAAGCCGGCCGCCAAACCAGUCCAGCCGGGAAACCUCCCUCCUCAAGCUUCUCUCUUUAACAACUCCGCCGUCGACCGUUUGGAAGCCCGCAAGAAACGGCGCGCCGAGGAGAAGCGGAUCUUGAAUCAGCAGAUGAAGGUUGGCUUCGACUUGCUCCGUCAGAACAUGGACAUGAUGGAUUUCGAGAUUGAGUACAAGAACCACGUUCGAGCAAUGGUUGAACGGCCCUUGAGUCCGGAGUAUCUACCGAAGGAGACGAGUGAGAAUGGGAGUGGUGGUGGUGGUUCAUGGAAGCCAGAAGCAGGGCCGACGGGAGGGAUACCGAGUGGGAGUCAAGGGGUGAAUGGGGGUGCACCGGCAAAUGUAUUCCGUCGGCCGGACGGCUACACGCGAUAUCUCAAUCCACCCCCUCCUUCUUCUCUUCCAGCCUCUCAAACUAUCCCCCCUACCCUUUCGCAUCAACCCCCAGGCCCUAUCUAUUCUUCCUCCUUCCCUCCUCAUCUUCCUAAAAAGACUCUGCCUAGACCGGGCAUGUUUGGCAGCACUUUCUUCAUCUGGCAGCCUCCUCAUCUGCCUUAG